AUCUGGGAACAGCCAUCGCCCUUUCGACGACGAGCCAUCAGCACAAACAAACAAAAAAACUGGUCGACAGCCAGGUCUCUGCAGACAUCAAGCUUCUGGCUUUGCAACGCCCCUCUGAAGGGAAGGGAAGACUCGGUUUUAAACCCAAUAAGGCGAGUGAGUGAGUGGACCAUUUCCAGUGUGUUUUGCUGGAAAAGUGAAACUGGAUGUCCGAAACCAGCUGAGGAAACAAACGCGCAACAUCAACUUUAUAGAGUGAAAUAAACACCUCUAAGAAGAGACAAAUAAGAUGGCGUCAGCCAGCGAUACCCGCAAUCAGACGCAGGUGCAAAAGGAUGUGGCCGAUCAGAAUUUUGACUACAUGUUCAAGCUCCUCAUCAUUGGCAACAGCAGUGUUGGAAAAACUAGUUUUCUGUUCCGUUUCGCUGACGACUCCUUCACCUCUGCGUUCGUCAGCACGGUCGGCAUCGACUUCAAAGUCAAAACGGUUUACCGUAACGAGAAGCGAGUCAAACUGCAGAUAUGGGACACAGCAGGGCAGGAGAGAUACCGAACCAUAACCACAGCGUAUUACAGAGGGGCCAUGGGCUUCCUGCUAAUGUAUGACAUCACUAACCUAGACUCCUUCUACGCCGUGCAGGACUGGGCAACUCAGAUUAAAACGUACUCGUGGGACAACGCUCAGGUGAUUCUGGUGGGGAACAAAUGUGAUCUGGAGGACGACAGGCUGGUGGCCAGAGAGGACGGGGAAAGACUGGCUAAUGAGCUAGGCUUCCAGUUUUUCGAGGCGAGUGCAAAGGAUAACAUUAACGUCAAGCAGGUGUUUGAGCGGCUUGUCGACAUCAUCUGCGACAAAAUGAACGAGAGCUUGGACGGAGACCCCAGCAUAUUAACCAAUCACAAAGGCCCAAUUCUGCAAGACACGCCCCCUGAUGGACAGAGCAGCUGUGGAUGUUAAUGAUCCUCUCUCAACAAACACUCAUACUUGAAGGCAAACAUUUACACACACAUGCACACACUCCCUCUCUCUCUCUCUCUUACUCACACGUGCACCAGAAGAAAAACUCUUUCAAGCCAUUAUAUAGUAUGAAAUGCCAACCAACAAAUAAGAAUCCAGCAUAAGCCCUUUAAAAUGAAUAAUCAACACUUCAGUUACAUGAACAGGCCCCUCAGGGAUUGAAUGAAAUGCGGGACGUGUGGCUGCUAAUACACUGAACUGUGAUGAGAAAAUCUGGGGAAAUACUGCAUGAUACUGCAGAGCAGGAUUUAGAAAUUCACAUGCCAAAGUUUCAACCGUUUCAAACUACACCCGUGUCUGUUUACAUCAUGCUCAGAAAAAAAGCAUUCGUCCGUCAAAAAAGCAUUGUGAAGUAGCUUUGAAAUGUUUAUGGAUUAUUUUAAUGGAUGCAAGGUUAUGUUUUACUUAAAUAUUUUAGGACUGCUCUGGAAAUAUCUAGUCAAUAUGAUAUUCAAACUUUGUUACUUGUUUCAACUCAGAUUAUAUUUGCCUUGAAUGCAAUAAAUUUGCUUCGCCGUGGACACUAAACGAGACCCCGAAAUUACUAAUCUCUUGAUCCUGUGGCUAAACCUGGAUGCUAGUCAGUAAAGGGUCAUGCUUAGGUCAGGAAGGUUAACUAAAGUCACACAAAUGGUUUAAAAUAGGUUACGAAAAGUUAAUAAUUGUGUGUGUCUAUAUAAUGACACUCACACGCGCUCAAAAAAAUUGCAAAAUUUAAGCAAAUGUACUGUUUAAAAAGCCAUUGCUGUCUCACAAAAACAUCAGAGACUAAAAAACAAUAUGGAAAGUUCAAAAAUCUGCUGAGAAAUAUAAUAAUUACUGUAUCUCUACCGCAAGUGAAACAGGGAGAAAGAUGUCAUUGUGACAUUUUUUUAAGAAGUCAAUGCUGCAAACUGCAAAGACAACCAAGUGUCUUGAGAAUGAUGUUUUGUCUAGAUUUGAACCCUACUAAAUAUUUGGUCUCACGUUAAACUCAAACGAACUGAGAUACAUUUCUCAACUGCUCAUGUACUUUCAUCAGCCUUGAGUGAAACAACACUGACUCCUCUUCCUGUGAAAAGCUGUCUGCAAGUUAAAGAAAGCUAUUCUGUGCCAACUUACCUUAUCUACAGUAUUGUGCAAUUCUUGCGCAUUUCCUGACCAGCGAUUUGUGAUUAAAAAGGUUAAGACCAUUAAAAGUCCACUGAAUAUU